AUGACGGUGGAGACAGUGGAAUCCAUGGCUCAUACAAAAGGAAAAGCACCCGAGGAGCCCCCGCUCGUACGCGGAGGCAAAGACUGGGCCCUCCAUGUGCCUGCCACCGCUGUUGACGCGAAGGACGCCGACACCCCCGACAACUGGGUGCCCCGCGACCCCCGCAUCGUGCGCCUCACCGGCCGCCACCCGCUUAACUGCGAGCCGGCCAUGCAGGACCUCAUGGCAGCCGGCUUCAUCACGCCGCCGUCCAUCCACUACGUCCGAAACCACGGCGCCGUGCCCAAGCUCGACUGGGCGACGCACAGGAUCGACAUCAGCGGCCUGGUGGACCGCCCCUGCUCAAUGAGCAUGGACGAGCUCCUGACGCUGCCGUCGGUCACGCUGCCGGUGACGCUGGUGUGCGCGGGCAACAGGCGCAAGGAGGAGAACAUGAUCAAGAAGUCGAUCGGAUUCAACUGGGGGCCCUGUGCUGUGUCCACCAGCUACUGGACGGGCGUGCGCCUCGGCGACCUGCUGCGCCAUGUGGGCGUCGACACCAGCGGCGCCGCCAAGUACGUGUGCUUCAGGGGCCCGCUGGGGGAGCUGCCGAAGGGCAGCGACGGCUCUUACGGCACCAGCGUGCGCCUGCCCUACGCGCUGGACGACAGCAACGACGUGCUGGUCGCGUACAAGCAGAACGGCCGCUGGCUGACGCCAGACCACGGGUUCCCGGUGCGCAUGCUGAUCCCUGGGUUCAUCGGCGGCCGCAUGGUCAAGUGGCUGUGCCACAUCACCGUCACCGAGCAGGAGUCGGACAACCACUACCACUACAUGGACAACCGCGUGCUGCCGCCCCACGUCGACGCUGAGCUGGCGACGAAGGAGGGCUGGUGGUACAACCCCGACUUCAUCAUCAACGAGCUCAACAUCAACAGCGCCAUCAGCCGCCCCUGGCAGGACGAGGUCGUGCCCCUGGCCACCAACCGGCCCUACGAGAUGAGCGGCUACGCCUACACCGGCGGCGGCCGGAAGGUCACGAGGGUCGAGAUCUCGCUGGACGACGGCGCGACGUGGAAGCAGGCGGAGAUCAAGCGCUUCGAAGAGCCCACUUCGUACGGCAGGUACUGGUGCUGGGUCCACUGGUCCUUCCAGGCCACGACCUUUGACUUCCUGGGCUGCAAGGAGGCGCUGGUGCGCGCGUGGGACAGCAGCCAGAACGGGCAGCCGGCAUACAUCACGUGGAACGUGAUGGGCAUGAUGAACAACUGCUACUACCGCGUGAAGAUUCACCGCCAGGUGGACGACCAGGGCAACAUUGGCCUGCGCUUCCAGCACCCGGCGCCCGUGCCGGUGGGCGAGCGGGGCAACGUCGGCUGGCGCGAGGAGGAGAACCUCGCGCGGCAGGGGCUGGCGGACGCCCAGGCGGCGGCGGCGGCGCCGGUGGUGGCCAAGGUCGCGCCCACCAGCGGGGUGCGGCUGAUUACGAUGGAGGAGGUGGAGAAGCACACGACUGAGGAGAGCGCUUGGUUUGUUCACGAGGGCAAGGUGUACGACGCGACGCCCUUCCUGGCAGACCACCCUGGCGGUGCCGAGUCAAUCCUGAUCAGCACGGGCAUGGACGCGACCGACGAGUUCAACGGCAUCCACUCCUCAAAGGCCAAGGGAAUGCUCGCCGAUUACUACAUCGGCGACCUGGCAACGCCCGAGCAGGUGGCGGCGGCGGCGGCGUCCAAGGAGGCGGGCGCCAGCGUCACGAUCAGCGUCGUAGCCAACGGCGUGCACAAGGGCGCGGCCGCGCCCGCGCCCGUGGUCAACGGCGUCGGCGCCGGCGAGCUGGUGGCCCUCAACCCGCGGAAGAAGCUGGCGGUGCCGCUGAUCGAGCGGCGGGAGCUCAGCCACAACGUGCGGCUGUUCCGGUUCGGACUGCCGUCGCCGCAGCACAAGUUCGGGCUGCCGACCGGCAAGCACGUGUUCCUGUACGCCAACAUCGACGGGGAGAACGUGAUGCGCGCCUACACGCCCACGUCGAAGGACGCCGACCUGGGGUACUUUGACCUGGUCAUCAAGGUCUACAGGGCCAACGAGCACCCCAAGUUCCCCGACGGCGGCAAGAUGAGUCAGCACCUGGACUCCCUGGCGCUGGGGGACGAGGUGGAGGUCAAGGGGCCCGUGGGGCACUUUGUGUACACCGGCCGCGGCACAUACACUCUCAACAACAAGCCCGCCACCGCCAAGCGCAUCAGCCUGAUUGCGGGCGGCACAGGCAUCACGCCCUGCUGGCAGGUCAUCCGCUCCAUCUGCGAGGACCCCGAGGACACAACACAGGUGUCGCUCAUCUACGCCAACCAGACGGAGGGCGACAUUCUGCUGCGCGAGGAGCUGGAGGCCAUGGCCGAGGCGCGGCCGCAGAAUUUCCACCUGCACUACACCUGCGACAGGGAGGUGUCUGAGGGCUGGAAGUACAGCGUUGGGCACAUCAACGAGGCCAUGAUCCGGGAGCACCUGCUGCCCGCCGGUGACGACUCCAUCGUGGCGAUGUGCGGGCCGCCCGGUAUGAUCAAGUUCGCCUGCAUCCCCAACCUUGAGAAGGCCGGCCACAAGGAAGAGGCGCUCAUCCAGUUCUGA